AAUAGUUUUAGCCAAUUAUUUUUAGUGGUAACAUUUCACAUACUGUCAGUAUUUGACAGCUGAUAUGGUAGAAAGUUAAAAAUCGCCGUCAUCGCAUCGCUCUAACGCGAACGCGUCGCGAUUAGCGACAAAUACAUCCAGAAAUCAACGCAUACUGCAGAAGUAUCGCCUUUGCUGUGCAAUACUAACAUGGCAGAUACAUCAGAUAAAAAUAAAAUAUUAAGAGAACAAAUAAUUGAAACAAUAAGACAGCAUCCAGUUCUUUACGACAGUAAAGUUCAAUGCAGAAAAGAAUUAAGAGAGGCAUUAUGGGAAGAAAUUGCUGAUACUUUCGACCUAGAUGUUCAAAUUCUGAAAGUAAAAUGGAAAAACCUCAGAGAUUGUUACAAGAAACAUAUAAGAGCGCAGACUGAUGACUCUAAAGCACUUUCAUCAUACAAAUAUUGGCAGUGGUCUAAGUAUAUGGAAUUCUUAAGGCCGCAUAUACGUUCAUAUGCAGAAGUCAGUUACCCUACCGAUGAUAAUUUUGAAGCGAGAGGAUAUUCUGAAAAUUUUCUGAAUGUUAAGCUGGAAGAUGCGGAUAACACGAACUUUGGGUCAGAUUCUGAAGCUACUGUAUGUAAACAACCUGCAAAAAGUAAAGAAAAACGUGUUACAAAUUUCGAAUCAGAUUCAGAUCCUUUAGAAUGUGUAAUAGAACAACCUAAUUGGAAAAAGAGACGAAUUAAUGCCGAUCCAAAUGAAAAUCUUAGCAAAAUUCAAAGUAACCUGUAUAAAAAUGUGCAUGAAUUCGACGACGUGGAACUGAUAUUUUUAGGGUAUGCAAAGACUGUUAAGAAAAUGCCAUUGAAAAGGCAGAUAAAUAUAAAGAUGAAGAUUGCGAAGAUAAUGAUGGAAGAAGAAUUAAAAUCCUUAGAUGAUGAGGCAACAUGAUUCCAAACUUAUUAGAUAGUAAAUACAUGUAAAAGAGAGAAAGUAUUUAAGUAUUUAGUGCGUAUCUAAGCAACAGGGAAUAGGUACAUUUUAGUUUGGAAUUUAGGUAUGUGU